UGAGUCAGUCCAACUAGUCCAAGUAGUCAGUCAGCCGCCGGAUAUCGUCGGGGUAGCGUCGUGCGAGCGUCGUGCGAGCGUCGUGGCGGCGUCGUCGCGUCAAUGCUCAUGCCGAGGCGCGUCAAUGGUGACAACGACCAUCUCGACGCUCUAAUUAGAUGCCUGAUUUUCCUGACGACGACGACGAACUCACCACGUGGACGGUUAUCCCGCGAUCGAGUCGAUUUGAAAGCGAGUUGCCGGGAUGUUGCCGCGCGACGCCUUGACUAUCGCGAUGGUGACGACAGCUCUCGUCGUCGCUGUCACCAGCGGUGCGCCAACAAACCUCGAUCCGGAAGAUUACGAGGUGCUCGCCGACAACAAGGCGAAAUUGAUCGAUAAAGAUUCCUCCAGAAUGGUAGAAGUAAGAUGCUUCUGCAAUCAACCAGAGUGCGUUCCUCAGGGAUACAUGUGUCGCGGUAGGGGCUGCUUCACAAAAUUACCAUCGUACGCAAGCGCGCCGCUUUCGAUAGCGGACCCUACUGCUCACAGCGGUUGCCUCAACGAAAGCUUCAAAAGUCGCAAGUGCCCCACAAGAUUUCUCUGCUGCUAUCAAGAUCUCUGCAAUCAUGUGGACAUUCCCGUGAUGAAAAAUAGAUUCAAUGAUACUCAACGAGAGAGUGGCGAUCAGCGAGCGUACUUGGCCCCGCAAUUGCAUCCACACAGUCGCGGAAGUCAGACCGAUGGCUGGUUCCCGACGGCGACGAUCAUCGUGCUUAUCUGUGGAUUCAUCGUCCUGCUUGUGAUUGCCAGCUUAGCCUUCAAAUGGCUUCAGCCUAUGCCGGCGCAAAACGCAAAUAAAUUCGUGCCACAUCGAACAUCCGAUAACGGGCCGCCCUUAUUGGGACCACCGAAAGUGCCUCUGGUUUAAGAAAUUUCCCGAUAAGAGGUGUUUUAAGUAAUAGUUUAAUUAAUUGAGAGCUGGCUACGCUAGUUUUGGUAUAUGACUCACCAAUUCGGAGUUGCCAUAUACAUGUACAUAUAUAUUUGUAAUUUGCGUAACGAAGAGUAUUCGUCGUACGCAUCUAAUCUUGAGAACGAUGCGAGUGAUCUUAUUCCGAUUUUAUUUCGUUUGGACUCUGUUGAUUUCUUACAAUUGUUGAGUUAUUACAGAGGCCAGAGUCAUAUACCGAGUUCAACAGCCAUAAAACGGCUGUCGUGGAAGCUAGCGGGCCGUCGAAGGCUCUACUUGGCUGUGAAUUCUACGAAGAAAGCAACUACUGUAAAUUAUAUAUAUAUAUACAUAUAUAUAUAUAUAUCUCGUAAUGAUAACGUAUUACUCGUUGCAUUUCCUCGAAACGACGUCGCGCGGCACGCGCCUCGUCGCGAGAUCAAAGAGUGAGAAUGGGUCAAGAGAGAGAGACUUUUCGAUCCUUUAAACAUGACGUUACGACGACACAAAGCUUCGGUGUCGCUUUAGGAUUGUAAAUAUAGAUAUGUAUCUAUGUAUUUUUUAUCAUCUUGAUAAACCAAUAUAGUGAAUAAAUUUCACGAUAUUGACGAUCGUGUUGCUACGAUGUGAGAACGUCCUUUAAUGUCGCGCGACCAUUGAACUCUGCUCCCCUAAGGAUAUAUUAUUACAUUUUAAUUGACACGUCAAUAAAGAAAGGAUUGUCUUUUGCAAACGAUCCGUAAGAAUAUUACAAGAGAAAAUUAAUUUGUGAUCGACAUACCUUUCCAAGUUCAAGUCGAUUUCAGUCACAGCCAUUAAAAUUUGUCACGCAACUUGUACGUAUUUCUUUAGAUAUAUUUUUAAGCGUAUCUCAUAUAAGCACAAUAUUGUGAUAGUACGACAUAAUAAUGACUAAACAAAUACGUAGAUCUAUCGAGACUUUGUUUUAUACAUGUUACUUGUGAGGAAUGAAAGGAAAAAAAUAAAAGUCAAAGUAGAGUGUA